AUGAAAUUACAAUUAAUAAUUAUUUUACUAGCAUAUAUACUCAAUAUUACUUUAUGUAUUGCUAUUCGGUAUGAUUGUGAUAGUAGAAAUCGUUCAUGUGGUUGUGGUUUUAAAAAUGUUGAAAUAAAUGAAGAAAAUAACAAUCCAGAAGAAGCUAUACCUUAUAGUUGGUCUAUGGUAGUUUCAAUUCGAUAUGAUUGUAAACAAAAUGGUGAUCCAUCUACUCAUUGUUGUAGUGGUACAAUUCUUAAUAAUCGAUAUAUUUUAACAGCUGCUGGUUGUUUUAAUUCAACAGAUAAUUCUUCAUUAGUUUCUGAUAAUAUUACUAUUGCUGCUGGUAUUCAUAGUUUAUCGCAAAGUUGUCAAACUAUUCGAGCAGUCAAUGAUAUUUUUAUUCAUCCGAAUUGGACAUCAACAGAUGAAGCUAUGAAUAAUAUUGCUAUACUUCGUUUAGAUGAACCACUUGAUUUUAAAACUGAUUUCAUUCUUAGUUCAGCCUGUUUUUCAUCUCAAAUGGAUACUUCAGUUGAAAUCAUGCCUAAUACUACUCUAGCUGUAGCAGGAUGGAAUGUAUUUGAUAAGUUAAAUAAUAAUAUAGAUCAAGUAUUAAAACAAUUGACUGUCUAUCCAAGUCAUGAUUAUAAUGAUUCAUUCUGUUCAAGAUUAGUCAAUGAUAGUGAAUUCUUGUUUUGUGCAGAAAGAGAUGGAGGUUUGUAG